CUGUAGUCGAAUGACAGCAGCCGAUGACGUUUGGGCGUCUCGGAAGCCGACUCCCCGUAAAGGAAACGCAUUUUCCGAUAUCCGAGUUUAGAGCUCUAGACUUCUCCGAAUAACAGAAUUCCAGUCUCUAUUCACCGUUAGCUUCAUCCCCAAAAGUUGCAGGCGUUUGAACACAGAUGAUAAAUCAAUAUGAUCCCGUGAAUGUUGUAAACCUCAUCCCAGAAUUUUCAACUGGUUUACAUCAUAUCUUUCAUCAAGCAUCCCAUCAUGGCGCCAGGAGUCACAUAUGCCAGUCUUCCGGCUAACGGUUCGUUCGAUACGACGGCUGACACUGAGAAACCUCAAUUUGUUGCAACUGCAACCCCUGUCGAUGCUAUUGAGAGCAUCAAGCUUGGGCUCCAGAUUCAACGUCAUGAGCAGAAUGGAACAACUGCCAAAUCUCUGGAUGUUACCAAUAGUGCUUGGACACAUAGUCGCGAGAGUUCCAACAAUUUCAUCUCGGAUUUCUACACCAAGCCAACACUGCCUAUGCUCGAAGCCAUUGUCCGGACCACACUCGGCGAUGGCGACAACGACGAAGAUGCGGCGACCAAUGCUCUUCAAGAGUACGUCGCUGAUCUCAUGGGUCACGAAAGCGCUCUGCUUGUGCCCACCGGUACCAUGGGCAACCAAGUCUCUUUGCGCACCGCGUUAGGCAAUCCACCGCACUCGAUCCUCGUCGACUAUCGAGGGCAUAUCAUUCACUUCGAAGGCGGCGGUCCAUCCGCCAUCUGUGGUACUCUGAUCCGCACUGUCGUCCCCGCCAACGGGCACCACCUUACCCUGUCAGAUGUCCAAAAGUUCAGCACCGUACGCAAUACUAUGUACGACUGCCCGACUCGGGUCAUUGCCCUGGAGAACCCUAUGGAGGGCCGCAUCCUGCCAUUGGCUGAUAUCCAGGCGAUUUCGACAUGGGCGCGAGCGCAGAACCCGCCAAUCCACAUGCACCUUGAUGGUGCGCGACUCUGGGAGGCAGUGGCCGCAGGAGCAUGCACACUGCGGGAAAUCGGCGCGUGCUUUGACAGCAUUCAAAUGUGCUUCACCAAGGGCCUCGGGGCACCGCUUGGUAGCAUUGUUGUUGGGAGCAGCGUCUUCAUCCAGCGGGCGAAAUGGAGUCGUAAGAUGCUUGGAGGUGGUACGCGCUCUUCGGGAGUGAUUGCUGGUCCGGCACGACUAGCGAUUGACGACGUGCUUUUUGGUGGGAAGAUGAAGAGGGCACAGGAGAAGGCGCGGCGGGCGUCCGAGUUAUGGGUCGAGCUGGGCGGUAAGCUGUUGGAGCGUACCGAGACCAACAUGGUUUGGGUGGACUUGGAGGGAUCAGGUAUCGACGCGAAAUGGUUCUACCCCAUGGCGAAGAAUGAUUUUGGUCUGAAUAUAGGAGGCGUCAUACCCCAGCGGAUAGUCUUUCAUUACCAGAUCUCGGAUGAGGCGUUUGCGAGGCUUUGCGAUUUCUUCCGCAAGGCUCUGGGUACAGAAGCUCAGGAUACUAAUUCUUAUUAAUAAGAGUUACUAUACGUGUUCCACAAGCCGCAACUGGGACAAGUCGUGAACGAUAGGGCCUCUUGGUCAAGAACAGCUCGUCAGCGUCCACAGCAUAAUUAUACAUACUCUCGCUGAUAAGCUUUCUGUCUCCCCUACGAAGGUGCAGCUGCACAACCUAACACGACGCUGAGACACACACAUGGAGCAGGAUGAUGAGUGAAGUUGAUGACGUCUGCUGUGCUUACGGCAGUCGAGGUCUCUGCUGGCGAGCCAUUGGUUGGAUUGCCUCUGCUGGGCCACGCGCUGGGUGCACGAGCU